AUGAUCAAUUGGGAAACUGGUGACUUUUGGUUUGGCAAAGACGCCAAAUGGCGACCGAAACCCACCGUCGAAGAUGUACCAGACGAAGAAGUUUCAAUUGUCAAGGAAGACGAACCCCCAGAGUUAAUCACCACCGAAACUUUUCCUACCUCAUCUGGACCUUUGGAAUCUAUCAGAGAAAUCACAGCCGAUAACACUGAGCGUGACGAGUUACCCGCAGUGCGGAAUGAUACCGAACCAGACGACCCACCAUUAGAACCCUCUACGGAUCAACUUGAUGAUGACGAUCUAGUUAUCUCCUAUAUCGCAGGAAAACCAGUUAUUGGGAUAUUUGAACCUAUCGGGAAGGAAUCGCCUUUGACGAAUGAAGGGACUGAAACUGCAGUCUUCACUAUAUGA